CACAUUUGCCGCAGUAAAUCUAUAAUAAUCCGCGCCAUAACCGUUUUGUAUAUAACAUUAUACCUACGACAGUCAAAUAACCAUACUUUACCUUCCGUCUAUCGACCAUUCCCUCACUCCGUCUUCCUCCAUUCUCAAAAAUUAUAGACUUAAGAAUAUGCUGGACAUUGAAAAGUUAAAACAACGUCCACUGAGCGUGUUUCAUAUUCCUCAAGAACUACUCGACGCACUACAUCCCGUCGACUAUGAUGGAGAUCGUCAACAGCAACAAGAGUCUCAACAAGUCGACGUGACAGCUGCAGCUCUCGAGAAUCUAGAAAUUCAGCAACAUCAAACAGCAGCAACAACAACAGAGCCCGGUUCAUCCGACGUGUUGACGUGUAAUACGUGCGAUCUCGCCUUUUCCACGAACGAUCGUCAAGAUCAUCGUAAGCAUUUCUCAACUGACUGGCAUCGAUAUAAUAUUAAGCGUAAACUGGUGCUGAAACAACCCCCUGUAUCGUUGCCCGAGUUUGAAGCCAUGCUUGCUGACUUGGCUGAAAGUAUCUCGGGAUCCGAGUCCGAAGAAGAAGACGAAGAAGACGAUGACAACAGCUCCAGCGACAGCGAAACACAGAACGACAACACAAACGCAUUGCUCAAGAAACAAGUCCAACAGCAGCAAAAGGAAGAAGCACUCCAUGUUUCGCUUGAUGCUGUAGCACAAGACCUGUCUCCAUUCGAGAAGAAAUACCGUGCAUUGUCGUGGUUUCAAGCAUCGCCUGCAUUGCCUGGAUCAAUCCAUUUUGGCGUGUAUCGGAAACUGACCGAGACAUUGGAAGGCUUGUCGCGCUUGCAAGCGACGCGGUUUGAACAACGAAAGCGGCUGUGGACGAUCAUCAUGAUUGGUGGUGGUCAUUUCGCAGGUGCUGUGGUGGAUGUCAAUAAGAGUAUCCGGGGCCCUCACAAGCUGGAUCCACACGAGGUGAAAAUGGUUGCGCACAAGACGUUCCAUCGCUAUACCACGAGACGAAAGCAGGGUGGUGCACAAUCAGCCAACGAUAGUUCCAAAGGUGCAGCCAAUUCCGCAGGCGCACAAAUCCGUCGACACAACGAACAAAUGUUGCAGCAAGAGGUACGCGAGGUGCUUGACCAAUGGAAACAACAUAUCCAAGAAAGCGAACAUGUCUUUGUCCAUGCACCAAGCAACAAUCGCAAGCUGGUGUAUGGCUACGACGAUGCCGUUCUGACGCGCCAUACUUCGGAAACCAUCCCUUUUCCGACAAAACGACCAACAUUGAAUGAAGUACGCCGUGUAUUUAUUGAAAUGAGCACGCUCAAAGUCCUUGAAGCGGACAUUGAGGCAAUCCAGGCACAUCGAGCCAAAGUGAUUGACAAGGAGGAACGGGCACGUCAACAACUAGAAAAAUCUAAAAGUGGCGGUAAACAACAAGAUAUGAAAAAGAGCACCAGUGGUGCUAGCAACAGCAACUACAACAAAGCGCUUCCAGCUCAAGUCGAGAAAUUGGUGUCCCUGACCAAGCAGGGUAAAGAGCAAUUGGUGCUAGCGCAUGUUCGAAAGCACGAGGACAUUUUGCUGUCUUUAUCUCGUGGUCCUAUAUUAGCAUCAUUGUUCCCAUCCAGUAGUACUGCUACCACCCCCAAGGGCAGUAACAACAACAACAACAAUUAUGAUGAUGAUGACGCUGACGAAGAAUUAAAGCGAUAUCCGACGCUACUUCAUUUGGCAGCACAUGCCGGUUACCCCGCACUCGUGUCUGUUCUGGUGCGCGAGCUGGAUGCCGAUCCGACAAUUAAAAACGAUCUAGGCAAAACGGCGUACGAAGUAGCCAAGGACAAAGACACACGUAAUGCGUUACGACGGUGUAUGUGUGAUCUAAGCAGCCGCUGGGAUUGGCUCAACGAGGCACGCGUACCGAGUCCACUGACACGAGAAGCUGAACUAGAACAGGCGGAGAAGGAUCGAGUACGGAAGGAGCGUGAAGCAACAAGGCGGAGAAAGAUUGAAGAGGAACGACAAAAGAAGGAAGAGGCUCGCAUGCUAAAGAAGAAGCAAGAGCAAGAACUAGCUAAAGCAUCAUCAUCACCAUCAUCGCAAAAGAAGACAGGGCCGCAAAUGCUAGGUGGACCAGCAGCAGCGAUUGUAGCAGCAACAGGAAACGGUCCUUCUGGAAUGAAUUUGGCAAGCAUGACGCCCGAGGCACGGUCAAGGCUUGAAAGGGAGAUGCGGGCAAGAGCAGCGGAAGAACGGAUGCGGCGAUUACAAAACAAAUAAAAAAAAUGUGCAUUUUACCCUGGAUUAUUGAUCAGAAAGAGGAAAUAGCACAUGGGAUGUUUAGUAGUAGUAGUAGCAACGGGUACGUAGUAUCAUUGACGAGGGCAGGACAGGAGUGUAUGUAUAUGGUCGGCCACCCGACAGAACCAUCAUCACCGUCAUCAUCGGUCAAAGGAGGAAGGGAAAGAGGAAAAGGGCAAAGGAGUACCUAGCGAAGCACUUGGCGAAGCUACCUUGGAAGCAAAGGGAAGGGUGUUGUUGUCCUUGUUGUUGCUAAUGGAUAGAUGAUUGAGUGGAUGGUAAAUAAUGAUAGAACUCUAAAUUAAACAGGCACAGAGAUCUGAUGCCGCAGUAGGGCGAAAGACCGAUCUUCAGCGACACUUGCAUUU